AGUUGUGUCACCUUGUUGGAAUGUUUCCGUUUGUUUGUGGAGAUUGACAGAGUGGGGUAUUUUUGCAGGACGUCACAUGCGUUGUUCGGCUUUUUUACGCAUUCCCUCUUGAACACACAGCCUCACUGCUUUUCACCGGCAAAACACCGACACACUCCCUUUCCCUUAGACCGGUGAAUAAACACGGAGCGGCGGCAGUAGCAGGAUUGACCACCCCCCGGUGCGCACCAUCCAUGGUCCUCCCCUGGAUGUCUGUCUGUCAGGAGGGUUGACGACUUUGCUGAAGCGACAGAGGUAGGCUGCGAGUCGGAGGUGAAGAGCGCGGGAAAGGAGUCCUCCCAGACGGCAGGGAGCAGCAGCAGGCAUGCACGACUCUGCUACGGACACCAAGAUGGCCAAACAGGAACAGAACUCCAAGCAUCUGGACGAACACAAAGAAACGGAUGACAUGUCGGAGAAGAUGUCCCCAAACAAAACCCUCAAAUCUCCCCAGAAAGGCUCCAAGCGACUCAAAACAACACCAUUCAAAGUGACCCUGCUGGACACUGCCGAAUUCGAAGGAGAAAUUGAGAAACACUCCAAAGGACAGACCCUGAUGGACAUGGUGUGUGAGCACCUCAACUUGCUGGAGAAGGACUACUUUGGUCUGACCUUUGCCGACACAGACACCCAGAAGAACUGGUUGGACCCCUCCAAGGAGAUCAAGAAGCAGAUGCGCAACUCUCCAUGGCAUUUUGCCUUUGCUGUCAAGUUCUACCCUCCAGACCCUUCCCAGCUCACUGAAGAUAUUACCAGAUACUACCUGUGUCUGCAGCUGAGGGAUGACAUGCUGUCAGGUCGACUUCCGUGCUCAUUCGUCACUCACGCCCUUUUGGGCUCCUACACCGUUCAAGCUGAGCUUGGUGACUACGACCACGAAGAUCACGGCUCUGACUACGUCAGCGAUUUCCGCUUUGCCCCCAAUCAGACUCGCGAGCUGGAGGAGAGGGUGAUGGAGCUCCAUCGAAACUACAAGGGGAUGACUCCAGCAGAGGCCGAAAUUAACUUCUUGGAGAAUGCGAAGAAACUGUCCAUGUAUGGGGUGGACCUCCAUCACGCUAAGGAUUCUGAAGGGAUUGACAUAAUGUUGGGUGUAUGCGCCAAUGGCCUGCUGAUUUACCGUGACAGGUUGAGGAUCAACCGCUUUGCAUGGCCAAAGAUCCUCAAAAUCUCCUACAAGAGGAGCAACUUUUACAUCAAGAUACGACCCGGAGAGUAUGAGCAGUUUGAAAGUACGAUCGGCUUCAAGCUUCCUAACCACAGAGCUGCCAAGAAGCUGUGGAAGGUCUGCAUCGAGCAUCACACUUUCUUCCGGCUGGUGUCUCCAGAGCCUCCUCCUAAGGGCUUCUUGGUGAUGGGUUCAAAGUUUCGAUACAGUGGAAGGACACAGGCUCAAACCAGACAGGCCAGCGCUCUCAUAGAUCGGCCUGCUCCACAUUUUGAGCGUUCAACCAGCAAGAGGUACCUGUUGUCUAGGAGUUUGGAUGGAGCAGAGUUCUCACGGCCGGUAUCAGCCAUGUGCGAGAACCACGAUGGCCUGUCCCACCGCAGCAUCAGUGAACAGCGGCGCCUCCACAGCCCCUCUGUGGACGAGCAGGAGACCGAGCUGGAGCCCAGUCUAGAGCAGGACGAGGAGGAUCAAGGGCAGGGCCAGGAGGACAAAGACUAUGAUGGCAACAUCACUCCAAGCAGAAAAAAAGAGAUCAUGGAGGAGGCUGGGUCACCAGUUGACAGUAAACAGGAGCUCUCUCAGUUGGACCAGGAGGCCACUCCUCGGCACAAACAGGAGUUUCUUGAUAAGUCGCAGGACUUCCUGCUGAAGCACCAGGCUAGCAUCAAUGAGUUGAAGAGAACCCUGAGGGAGCCCAACAGCAAGCUGAUGAACCGUGAGAAGCGUCUGUCAGCCACCUCCCCGACAGGCACACCAGAGAAGAAGGCUUUGGUGGGCCGAGCAGUGGGAAAGGACCCUGUUAACAGCCUGUCUGUUGAGGGUUUCGUCCAGAAGACUGUGGUGACUUCCCCUGAGGGCUCUGAGGAGUGGGUAUUGAUUGAAAAACAAGAAAAUUAUCAACAGGACCAUGACUGGAAGGCAGAAGAAAAGAACAAAUCUCACACAUCGGAUUCCUCGUGGGAGAAAAAGGAGAUGGAAAAAGAGAUAGACAUUACCAAAAUGAUGCAUAAAGAGGUAACAGGGUAUGACAGGAAAGAAAUGAAAAGCCAUAUUGAUGAAUUUCCAUCAACAAAAUCGUCCAGAGAGGCAGAUUUAUCCUCUGAGCCACGUCCAACUAACAAAAGUCGUUUUGUGAUUCAGUUAUCUGAGAAUGCAGACUUGUUUCAAGAUAAAUCUCAAGGCAAACCAUCUGAAGCCCAAGACCCUGAGGCAAGAAACAAUGUGGCCCUGGGCUCGCACCAGAUAAAGGAACGCACAGCCUCUAAACCAAGGAAAAAGAGGAGACCCCAGAGCUUAAAUUUGGGAAUGCCUGCCGAGCUCAUCUACAGCAAAGGAGACAGCGAUUCUACUGGAGAAGAAAAUGAGGGCUCAGAUUCAGACAACAGUUCAGAAAAAAACUCCAAAACAGGAAAUCAUUGUGAAUCAUUCUCAAUGGUGAUGAUAAAAGAUGAUGAGGAAUCGGGAAAGGAUCAGUCUGCCAGGGUUUAUAAAGACAAUAAACAAGAAGAGAUAUCAGUAAAUAAAAGCAGGGAGGUUUUCACUCAAGAAACAGAGCAGGUAAAGAAAAAAGUGAGUCAGGUUGGACCAGCUGAAACCGAUUUAGGCUCAGUUAAUGGACCUGGAAAGAUAGAAAACGAUAGUUCAUUAGAAGGUGUUAAAGGGGAGUGUGUGAUGAAGGUGCGAGGCAAGGGCCUCAUUGACAACAAAGAUCUAGCUGAGGUAAAACUGCGACAGGUCAGGACACAUGAGAGGAAGAUCAGUAGUUCUGGGGGAGAUGACAUUGAGGGUUUCCUGGGAGACAGAGGUCAGAGGACGUCUCUCCACCGACUGUCAGGCAGCAGCUACCAGUCAGAACUCACCAGGAUUGUUCCACUCAAACCAGAGCGAUCAAAGAGCGUAGCAUAUAAGGAUGAAAGGGACAGGACAGGACAGGACGAGCCCACACGGGUCAUCCGAAGAGAAUACCGCUGGUCGGUUGGCUCUCCAGAAGGACAAUCGGACCUCAACUGGACCGACAUCUCCACCUUCCAUCCAGCAUUCGCAGCAGAUCUGGAGGGUAUCGCUAAAACAGAACAUCCAGAUGAUAACUAUCAGUCUAGUAGAGGACCCACAGAGAGUCAGUCGUUCGGCUCAAAGAUUUCAGCGUUUCCCAAAAUGGCUCCCCCAGCCCCGCCAGUAAAAACACAGAAGGCCAGGGAGUCUGGACUAAUACUGCGGAACAGCCGAAAUGCCGGCAGGGAGCCGGGCCUGGACGCAGCCAAGAAGAGACAUUCGGAGCCUGUCUCUACUCCUGCCAUUUAUGAGGAACCAUUUGCUGAUUUCAAGAAGGAGCUCGGGGACAGGAGGCCCCAGGCGAACCUAACCUCAGAGGAGGAGCAGGAGCGGGACACGGUGGCCUGCAUGAGAGAAACCCACCUGGGCAUCGAACGCAAGUGCUCCAGCAUGACGGUCAGCUCCACGUCCAGCCUGGAGGCUGAGGUCGACUUCACCGUCUUAAUGGACCUCCACUCCGGUGUGGAGGACUUCUCUAGGGGCAUGUCGGAGCUGGGAGAAAGGGAGCGACAGCCCGAGGUGGGCCGGGAGGACUUUGAGGAGACAUCCAGAUUCUACUCUUCCCGUCUAAUGGGCUCCCGGGACAAGUCUCCCAUAGAGGAGAAAAUGCCUGAGGAGGGAACACAUCAUGAGCCUCCCGUGGCCAAGAAAGACCCCAGUACUGUAAGCAUGGCCCAUAUGCUGAAAAGGUCCGAGUCCAAGACAGAGACACAUACGAACGGAUCAGAGAUCCAUCCCAACAUCAUGAAUGUCUCUCCGCAGAACUACGAAAUCGUCAGCCCGCGGGAAGCUCCUGCUGCCCUUAAAGAAAAUGGCUCCCCUGUAAAAGCUGGCACCCAGGAGAGGGAGUCUGUUGUGUCCCCGCUGACCAUCACCGCUGAGAGCGUCACCUCAGCAACCACAACUCAAGUUACCAAGACUGUGAAAGGAGGCUACUCAGAGACCAGGAUUGAGAAAAGGAUUAUAAUCACAGGAGACGAUGAUGUGGACCAACAUCAGGCUCUUGCCAUGGCGAUCCAAGAGGCCAAGCAGCAGCACCCCGACAUGCUUGUGACAAAAGCAGUGGUUAUCAGGGAAACAGAGUCUCCCACUGAGGAGCUGCAGCAGAAAGCACAGUCCUGAUUGUUCAUGGUGGCUCCUGAGACGGGGGACAGUACGCCACCAACCGGACAUGAGGACUCCGCCUGUGUACACACCGACACGAAAACAGACUGCGUUCCACAAAGCAGUAAACCUCCACUCCUGUCCCUUUAGACAAACCAACUGUGACUCAGCCUCUGACCCAACCUGGCUUCCCGCCCUGUCCCGGCCCGUCCCAGCCCUCCACCUCCUUAUGGAACAGGAAACGCCUACUAUUGGAUGAUUUACCACUUGGUUUAAUCAAGUGGAGUGCAAUACUGAAAGUGAAACCCGGUCACAUCUGUAAUCUGUUGAUUUGAAUUCACCACUGUAAGAGUCAUGUACCUGAAACUUUACUUGCAUAUUAUUUAAGCUAAUAUGUUUGAACCCUGAGGGUCACUUGAAACAGCCCAUCACCCCCUGUAUUACUGACACAUAUGAAAUAAAUAAGAUAUAAGAGCAGGAGUUGUAGUGAAAAGAUGGAUGGUGGAGGGUGUGGGAUGGGAGGUUGGCGCCAAGCGGCAAGAGGCAGCCUUUUUGCUCGUUGUUGCCACCUGGCUGUGACACCUUCAGUAUAAUCAACAGCUGUCUUAUUAGCUUUUUACAUUUUUAUCUAUAGAGGGUCUAAUUUAUGUCCAGUGUUCGCUUGUUUAUGAAAUAUGUAUAAUAUCAGAUGAUUAUAAUCUGCAUGAUUCAAUUACAAAAUAGCUGAGGGAAUGAAAAAAAGAAAAGAAAAUACACGGACACAUUCACAUCUGAAUUCCAUAAGAAGCUCGGAGAUGUUGGGACUGAGCACCUACGGAGAAACUGUAAAAAUCACUAGGCCAGUGAGUGGUGGACACAAAGUGAUGUUGAUGGACUCUGCUGAAGAAAGACAGUUGUGUAACCCCUCGGUGGACAACUAGAACUCUGCUUUGGCUCCAGUCUCCAACGUACAAGCAUCACUGUCCUCAUCCCACUUGCCCCCGCUUACCAUUUUCAUUUUGGUGUCAACACGCCAUUUACAUAAAGAAAUGCUGGUCACAUGUUUUGGGCACAGGUAUAGGAUUUAUAGAGAAAUUUUAAUAUAAAUAAUGUUUUAUCUAAUACAUUUCAGAAAUGUGAUGAUAUGUUUUCGUUUUUCUUCUUACUUCAUUUUACUGACUUCCAUCAUGAAAUAGAGUUUAUGUGUUAUUCUUGUGUUUCUGGACGUUUCACCCGUCAUGUGGGAACACGCUAAAACCUCUUUGAAAGAGCUUCAUUUUUGUGCUGUUACUUUGUUUGAUGUUGUGUUUCACUCAAGAUCUCACACAGUUAAUGAGAGAGACCUCACCCCGAACUGGGAACUAGUUUGCCACAUUGGGAAGUUGUGAUGCAAUGAAGAGAAAUGCAGUGAACAGGGGGACAGGCCUUUGGUUGUGUGCGUGCUGUUCAUUCAAAGCAAAUGUAUAUCAGCAUCAUGUCUAUUCCUUGAACCUGAUAUAAGUCAUUUUUUUGGCCACUUGGUGGCAGCGUAACACGCUGUAAAAACAACAAUAAUGGCACACGUGUUGCAAAUAGUUAUCUAUUUAAACAUCCAGCAUAGACGGAUGACCAAUACUCAUUCUCUUGAGGGAAAUAUUUGACUCCUUAGCUACUGAAGUCUCCACUUUGUUCACCUGUCUAACUUUGUCUGCAGUUUGGUGCUCACUAGGUUGAACUAAAUCAGUAAAGGACCAUUAAAAACAAAACAAUUAGCUUAAAGAGGCUAAAACGCUAUGUAGGGAAACAGCAGUGAUAAUUCUCUGAUGGUUCGAUACUAUGAACCGCAACUUUCAUAUUACACACAGUCAUGUGAUUCAUCUGGGCUGUAAUAACUUUGGUCUUAGCAGCUUUUUUGAAUUAUAUGAACAUGUUCACAAACACUGCCUGAAAAGUUCAAAACCACAAGUUUAACAUGGGUACUUUUUCGUUUUCUGUUGGAUUGACUCUUUUAACUUAUGGUGUAUGAGUUUGUAAUUGUAUUUAUAGGAGUGGUGAAUGUGAGGCCUGUGCAUUUUCCUCUCUGUUCCUCCCUUAACAGACAAAGCCGAGACUCAUAGUGUGGCAUACAUUAAACAUCGUCUACCUACAGAUCCUUUUGGCUGUCACAUAACAUAUAUCCUGGAUGACCUUUAAUACUAUACUAUGCAUCACUUAUCGUACAUAAGAAACCCAUCUGAUGGAGCCUGACCCAUGUUAUACCGUGUUGCCGUCAUUGUUAACUUUGUGCUACUGUUAACUGAAGCAGUGAGGCGCACUGCUUGUGAGAUUUGCAAUAAGCAGCCAUUAUUCUUAUCCUCUGUCCUCUAAAGGGAGAAAACUGUGAACUCUCAUGUGUACCGAAGCAUAACCAAAACCUAUAACACAGAGUUAGUGAUAUUCAAAGGAGCUUUUCCAACACUUGUGACCAUGGCUUUGUCGCCCUUGUCGUCUAAUCCUCCCAUCCCCUGACUUGAAACUGUCGACCUGCUGUUAAUGACUCCGAGGAAACGACUGAUUAUUUGUAUAUUCUAUUUUGCGUUUUAUUUUUACUGGUCAUAUGACACUGGACUGUUGUGAAGGCACUUGCUUGCAGUGAUAGCAGCACAUAUACUGUAAACUGAAAAAUAACCUUGCUGUAGUUGCUGUAGUAUCGGACACACUACUGAUGAAAGAGAAACAACUGUAGGCAACAGGAGAGAAGCUGUGUACUGUGGGUGAGGUGGUGAGUUGAAGGGUGGACGGCCUGUAUUUAUAUAUAAAUCCAUACUCCUGUGUAUUAUCCUGUAAACUAUGUAGAAAUCGAGAGGAGCAGGGAUGUGUUUUUUAGGUUCAUGAGAUGUAGGCAGGAAGUACAAUCUGAAGGAUGGAAAUGUAAGAGAAAUGUUCUAUGAAUGGGUGCCUUAUGUUUGGAGUUGGGGUUAUGGGCGCAGGAGUUACGGUUAUCAGUGCUCGGCUGAAAGUGCUGUUGAUAACCACAGAUGUAGGAACGACCUCUCCUCUCAGUCCAAGGUGAGGAGGAGCUGUCAAGAAAGUGAAUUAGUGUCUUGUAAAGAAUGUGACAUUGACUGUAGCGACAAAGAAGUCUCUCUGAAUCUGGACUGUUCGUCCACAACAAGAUGAAAACACUUAUUGGCCCCAUUAACGUAUAAAAACCAGCAUAGUACAGAUUAUGGAUAUGGAUUUUUUUCCCGUGAAGAACGUCAAACUGCUCCACUGUUUAGCCUCCACCUUGAAUUCUCCACUGCCUUUUGCUCUACAUUCCCCUAGUGCUUGGUGGUGUGUAUUUGCUGUAUUUGCAUUCGGUCUAAAUGGAAAACAUACAUGCAUAAAUAAAUGUCUCAGUAUC